CCAUUCACCUUCAUCUCAAAAACCCCAUAUAUAUUUCCUAACUCCAUUAAUCUUUUCCUCGAGUUCGUCAACAAACAAAUAGCCAAAAGAAAAAAAAGGGAAAUCUCCCAAAAGGGAAAGGAAAUAAAAUAGAAAUGGCUUCCACGUUGAAAUAUUCCAUGGUUAUUUUCUUUGCUAGCGCCCUUUUUCUCCAAGGCACUUUGGGGAAUUUCAUUUGUGAGGAUUUGCCAACAAAUGUGUGUGGUUUCGCGAUCGCGACAUCAGGGAAGAGGUGUUUGUUGGAGAAUUCAGCAGGGGAAGAUGGGAAGGUGGAGUAUCAAUGCAAGACAUCUGAGUUUGUUGUUGGAAACAUGAAGGAACAUAUUGAGACAGAUGAAUGUGUUGAUGCUUGUGGAGUUGACAGGAACUCUGUUGGGAUUUCUUCUGAUGCUUUGCUUGAUUCUCAAUUCACCUUUAAGCUUUGCUCCCCUGCUUGUUACCAAAAAUGUGCUAACAUUGUUGACCUUUACUUCAACUUGUCUGCUGGAGAAGGAGUGUAUUUGCCAGAUUUAUGCAACAAGCAGAGGAGCAACCCACACCGUGCUAUGAUUGAGCUAUCGAGCAAUGGAGCUGCUCUAGAAGAUGUAGCUGAUGCUCCAGCUCCAUCCCCUGUUUCUUUCUAAUUUACUUAAUACAUUUGAAAAAUUAAUACUACAACAUAUACUGCAUACAAUUUUUUUGUUCCUUUAAAAAACAAGUAUUAUCAUUAAUGUUGUAUUUUUCUACAAUGAAAGAGGGAUGUGGGGGAAUUUUGAUUUGUUUCUAAUUCCCUUGGAUUUGUUGAAAAUUGUUCCGUGAAAUUCUUUUUCCAACAGAACUUGAAUUAAAUAUUCUUAUAUAUUUGGACUGCAUUAAU